GGGCAGGCGGCGGGCAGGCGGCGGGCCGUGGACGGAGGCCGGGCAUAGCGGGUCCCGCCGCGGCGCGUGCCGAGUCCCGCUCCAGAGGGAGCACCGCGACGGGACCGCACACAGUAGAGGCUGAGAAGAGGCCCGGGCUCCGCUACUCCACCCAGCCCCCAAAGGACUCAUUUUGCCCUGCAGUGGCCCUCGAGUCCCCUCCACCCUGAAUCAGCGGAGGAGGGUGGAUCUUCAGAGCGCCGGAGGAGGUCCCCGCGGGGGGCGGAGCGCGUGCCCAGAGCGUGCCCCAGUCCCCCCUCCGCCAUGCUGGGCCCUCACUUCCCUCCCCCACCCCUCCGGCCCAGCGGGGGGAAGCCUGCCCUCUGCACCUUCCAGAUCCCCGACGGCAGCUACAGGUGUCUGGCUCUGGAGGCCGAGGAGAGCAGCGGCGAGGAAGGCCUGCAGGGCGAGGCCGGAGAGGGCCUCGUGGAUCUGGAGGACGACGAAGUGGCCCGAAGAAGCCAGGACAACGCUGCCUGCGGAACCGUCCAAGGGGAGCCACCGCUGCCCAGGGCUCUGAUCACCCAGCCCCCCGGCUGCUCCUGGUUCCAACACGACGGCAGGACCGGCCAGGACUGGGAUGGGGUGAAGGCCCAGCAGGGGAUGACCACCAGCCUCAGCCCUGGCCCUGGCCCCGGGGAGGCCCGGAAACCAGCGCUGAGCCGCAGCAGCAGCGUCGCCGAGCAGGAUCUGAAGGAGGCCAAGGCCCGCAGCCAGCAGAUCGCCGCCCAGCUGACCACCCCGCCCGGCCCCCACUCCCGCGGGGUGCGGCUCUUCCACAGGCGCAGGCAGAGGGUGAACGAGUUCACCUUGGAGAGCCGAGGCCAGCGGGGCCCGCCGCCCGGCCGCCCGGGUGAUGCUCCGGCGCCGGGCCUGAGUCCCGCCCGCCCCUCGACGACGCAGGGCCCCGCGCGGCGCCCCGGCAUGGAGGGCUACGCGGGGGAGGACGGCCCGCUGCGGCACCUGGAGAAGGUGGCCAGCGAGGAGGAGGAGGUGCCGCUGGUGGUCUACCUCAAGGAGAACGCCGCCCUGCUGACGGCCAACGGGCUGCACCUGUCCCAGAGCCGCGAGGCCCCGCCGGCCGGGGCGCACGAGCCGGAACCGGCCCUGGACAUCAACCAGAACCUGACCGACGGCGCCCCGGCCGCCGACGCCAACCAGAACCCCGCGGCCCGCGGCCUCCCGCAGAGCCCGAGCCGGCCGCACACCCCCGAGGCGCAGCGCCCGCGGCCCGGCUCCGCGGCGCCCGACGCCGGCAACGCCGGCGACGCCAGCUCCCGCCCGCCCGACGCCGACGGGCCGGCCCCCGCCCCCGGGGACGAGGUGCGGGCCGGCGUCCUCCUCGUCGACCAGGCGUCCGCGCCCCCCGCGCCCGCCGGCGCCCUCUCCAGGGAGGCCUCGGCCGUGCCCGGCGGCGCGCCCGCCCCGGACUUCGCGCCCAGCUCGCCGCUCGCCGAUGCGCACCCGUCGGCGGAACCGGAGCCGUCGGGGCGGCCCGCCGCCGCCCCCAGGAUGUCCAGCGAGGUCCACCUCACGCUGGCCAGGCCCCAGGCUGUGGUCAACAGGACGGCCAGGCCCUUCGGCGUCCAGGCGCCGGCGGGCGGCGGCCUCGGGGAGCGGAGCCCCCGGGUGGAGAGGCGGCACCUGGGAGAGAAGGCCCCGCCGCCCCCCGCCCUGGCCGAGCGCAGCCCCGGGCCGCAGCGCCGCGCGCCGCCGCCCAGCCCCGCGGUGGAGCGGCGCCCGCUGGGGAGCUUCACCCCGCCGCCCACCUACGCCGAGACCCUCUCCGCGGCCCCCCCGGCCUCCCGGGGCCGCUCGCCGCCCGCGUACUCGGCGCUGUACCCCGGCUCCGACCCCAGGCCCGGCGCCCCGAGGGGCCCCGCGGCGCCCGCCAGCAAGACGGGCAUCCUGGAGGAGUCCCUGGCCCGCAGGGGCAGCCGCAAGUCCAUGUUCACCUUCGUGGAGAAGCCCAAGGUGACCCCGAACCCGGACCUGCUGGACCUGGUGCAGACGGCCGACGAGAAGCGCCGGCAGCGGGAGCAGGGCGAGGCGGGCGCCGACGAGGAGCCCUUCGCCCUGGGCGCCGAGGCCUCCAACUUCCAGCCGGAGCCCGCGCGGGGCCGGGCCGCGCCCGCCGAGGAGCCCGUGCCCGAGUGGGCCUCGUGCCUCAAGUCGCCCCGCAUCCAGGCCAAGCCCAAGCCCCGGCCCAACCAGAACCUGGCCGAGGCGUCCGGCAAGGGGGCCGAGCUGUACGCGCGCCGCCAGUCGCGCAUGGAGAAGUAUGUCAUCGAGUCCUCCCCGGGGCACCCCGAGCUGGCCCGCUGCCCGUCCCCCACCAUGUCGCUGCCCUCCUCCUGGAAGUACUCCACCAGCGCCCCCGGGGGCUUCCGCGUGGCCUCCCUGAGCCCCGCGCGCACCCCGCCGGCCUCGCUCUACCACGGCUACCUGCCCGAGAACGGCGUCCUGCGCCCGGAGCCCACCAGGCAGCCCCCCUACUCCCUGCGGCCCUCGCUCUUCGCCCUCUCGCCCGUCAAGGAGCCCGCCCAGGCCGCCGCCUCGCCGCGCUCCGCCUCCGCCCGAGCCGCCCCGGCGCGCGCGGCCUCCCCGCGCGCCGCCUCCCCGGCCAAGCCCGGCUCCCUGGACCUGGUGCCCAGCCUGCCCCGGGCGGGCCUCCCGCCGUCGCCGGCCCUGCCCCGGCCCUCCCGCGCCUCCCCGGGCCUCUACGCCUCCCCCGGUCAGGACGGCCUCCAGCCCGCCGCCAGCCCCACCUACAGCAGCGACGUCUCCCCGGUGUCCCCCUCCAGGGCCUGGUCCCCCCGCGCCAAGCAGGCCCCCAGGCCCUCCUUCUCCACCCGGAACGCGGGGAUCGAGGCGCAGGACCGCCAGGACGGCCGCCCCGCCUCCCCGCCCUGGACGCCGGCGGCGGCCCGGCCCCCCAGCAGCCUGGACGGCUGGGUGAGCCCGGGCCCGUGGGAGCCGGGCCGCGGGAGCCGCGCGGGCAGCCCGCCGCCGCCGCCGCCGCCGCCCCGGUCCCCCGCGUGGAGCGAGCGCUCCGUGUCCCCCGCUGCGCCCCGAGGCCGAGCCGCGCCCCCCAGCCGCCAGCUGCAGGCGCUGCUGGCGCGGAACAUCAUCAACGCGGCCCGGCGCAAGAGCGCCUCCCCGCGGCCGGCGGGCGCCGAGCGCCUGCGGCCCUUCUCCCCGCCGCGCAUGCGCUCCCCGCCGCCCCCGCCGCCGCCGCCGCCGCCGCGCAUGCGCUCCCCGCAGCCCGCGCAGCCCGCGCAGCCCGCACAGCCCGCGCGCCCCGCGGCCUUCGCCCCCAUCGCGGGCCCGGCCCCCGCGCCCGCGCUCCUCGGGGGUCCCCGCAGCCCGCAGCCCGCGCCGCCCAGGCCCUUCCCCUACCGCCGCUCGCCCACGGACUCGGACGCGUCCCUCGACUCCGAGGACUCCGGGCUCAAGUCGCCCGGCAUCCUCGGGUACAACAUCUGUCCCCGCGGGUGGAGCGGCAGCCUGCGGCUCAAGCGCGGGAGCCUCCCCGCCGAGGCCUGCACCACCUAGGCCCCGCGCCCAGGCCCCGCACCACCCAGGCCCCGCGCCCAGGCCUGCACCACCGAGGCCCCGCCUCGAGGCCUGCACCACCGAGGCCCCGCGCCCAGGCCCCGCA